AGCUAUAGAAAGUCCUUUGUAUCAUGCCAAAUGUCAAUGUCAAGUCUGAAACUGUCAGAAUGCCAGGCUGACAUUUUCAAUCAUUUCAAAAUUAUAGAUCGAGCACAGUGGCGAUAAAUUCAAAUUUAUUUUAUUAUCAAAUAAUCGUACAUAAAAAUGAGUUUGCAGACAAUAAUUCUAAUUCUGUUAUGCAUUUGUAGCAUCUGUAACAGUGACAUACAAAUAGGACCAGAUCCUUGGAACUAUGAAGUUGUGCAAAGAUCAGAAGAAACUGAUUUACCACCAGAUCUUAGAACACCUAUAAAGAAAGAAAGGCAUGCCGAAUCUAAAUUUGGCUUUGGAGAAUGGUGGUUUAAGAGAUUACUCGCCAUUAUGCUGAAAAAUGGACAAUUCAAGAAAAAUGAAGAGGGCAGUGUCGAUAUCUCUCUUCAAAUGAGGUUUGAGCCUGAGAGAUGGCAAGUAUUAGACGAGUAUUUAAAAUCUGAAUCUCCAUUAUCCGAUGAUAAGUUCAGGCGCACUAUAGGAUUUGUUGAAGAAGCUAUUUAUAAGCCAACUAUUACUGAUAAAAUUGUAAUGGCAUGGAGUGAUUAUAUUCAAGUAUAUCUAAUGGAAUAUAAGACAUAUAUUACUCUGCUGCUGGGUCUACUAGCUGCAGUUGGAGUAGUGUUGUGGCUCUGGAAACACAUGUCUCACAAACAUGUUGUCAGCAUUAUAUUAGCCCUCUUAUAUGUCUAUGAAGUUUUUAUAUCUUAUAAAGAAGCUGAACAACAAGAGUAUGAGAAAUUCGUGUCUGCUAUCAAUGCUUGCAAAUGGUACUUUUGGACCACCGAGUGCACAGUACCACCACCAGAUCCACUAUUGUUCAUGAAACACAUGAAUCCACUAAAAAUAGCAAUCAGAAUGUUCACAUCCUUUAUAUCUGAACCUAUUGUUGCUAUUAACUCUACCAUAAAGAUCAUGCUCCAUAGUGUUACAGAUGGACUUAUGUUCCCAUUUGAUAAAAUAGUAUAUGGAUUUUUAAUCUUAAUUGUCAACAUAUCAUUGAUAUAUCUUCUUGUGAUGGUUGUGUUCAAUUUUAUAUUCAAUAUUCCAUUCAAAUUGAACUUCCUUGGAGUUGUUAGUGUUGGUGUUAGACAAAAUAGGACGUCAUUGUUUUCUACAAACAGAAAUGAACAGGGAGAAAUACGUAAUAAUGAUGCAGAUAGAAUAAGUGGUGAUAGAUUAGACAGACUUUUAAAUGUUUGCUCCCUUGCUUUGACAAACAUUAACAAUGUACCAAAUAGAGCCAAUUUAAAUUCAAUGAACAACAAUGUUCCGAUGUUACGAAGGUCAGCAAGCACUGGGCGUCUACCUAACUCUUCAUCAGACAGUAACGAUCAAUUGGCCAUAAACAGCAACUUUAGGAGAAGACCAAAUGUUGGCAGGGGUGAUGGGGAUCAUUAAUUUUCAUGCAUUGUUUUUAAUAUGAGACUUUUUUAAUGUUAACAUGCUUUUAUUUGUGUAUAUUUUACGCUUGUGAAUACAAAUAAUUGAUAUUAUUUAAUAAUAACUGUAAAUCCUUUGUUAUAAAAAGAAUAGCAAUUAUUUGUAUUGAUUGACUUUCUGUGAUAAUAAAGUAUAACAUUAAUUUUAGGCCAUCAAUUACCUAAUUCCACUUAGGCUCGAAACUGCGUCGCACCGGGCUCCAAACGCGGACGUCCGCUUAACGCAAUUUCAGCCCCUUAAUCUAGCAAAUAAUUCUAUCAUGUACUUAUGUAGUAAGAAUUUUAUUUCCAAUAUAUUAUAUUAUUAUUAUAGUCUAAACUAUAUCCUUACUCUUUCAUGUUGUAUAGAUGUAGUGAAUGCAGUUUAAGUGUGCAGGAUAUUUGAGUUUACUGGACUAACAGACAAUGGAUUUAGGAAUAUAUUCACAAAAUUCUACACUAUAAAAAGAUAUACAUAUAUAGAAUUUCUAUUCAUUUCCAUUUAUUGACGCGCAUGCAUAUGAUGCGUAAUAGAAAUUCUGAAUAAAUAUUGUAUUCUAUUUAUUUUAUAUUAUAUCUUUACACACUUUUAUUAAUGAUAUAAACGAAUAUAAUGUUAAUGCUUAGUCCAUAUAUUCUUUACGUGUGUAGUUAUAGUAGAUGAAUGAAUCAUUUGUGGCCUUGGAUAUUUUAUAUUUUUACGAAUUAAUAUUUAUAAAACACUGAUAUUAAUCCAAUGUAAUCUAACGCUUAAUGUAACAUUGUUAUCUAAACCCUAGGUUGUACUUGUAAAGAAAAAUAUUGCGUUGAAGUUGUUUUUUUUUACAUUUUUGUACUUUUAUGUGUCUAAAGAAAUAAAACCAAAACAUACUUUUCAUAUUUUAUUUUCGUGAUGCCUUAGUGAGAAGUGUUACAAACAAGAUCAAUUUAAUACAUAAUUGGGAACAUAUAAGCAUAAAUAAUUAUUUACGGUAUUAUGAAGAUUUAAGCAAAUUCUAGUCUUGAUUUUAAAUAGACGCUUACACCUACACUGCUAUUGGUCAACAAACAUUCGCAACCUCGGUAUACAUAACAUUGGAAAAAAAAACAAUAAUUAUAUACAAUACAACUACAACAUACGACCUCCAUCAAGACAGGUCAGAUUGCUUACAACAUUAUCAACAAAGUCUGACCCACCCUGAGCAAACAUUAACCGUGAUCAAACGAGGCGCCUCUACCCAACUACCCUAUUAGUAAUGCAACCAGGUAAAUAUUAAUUAGGUAACUCUUAUAGAUGGACGACUAGAAAAAAUUACUCUACUAAUAAUUUGUUUUUUAAGAAAUCGUCAAAUGUUUGUUCGAGUUAAACAGCAGAACAAAAGCUUCAACUAAGUUCUUAGUAGUCGUUAAUAUUUCUAGUAAAUUUUUGGAUCUCUAUAAUUUUAUAUAUAUAAAACUGUUAAGAUUGCAAAAGGAUGCUGAUAAUUAUCCUAUUACCUACUUCCUAUAUUAUUAUUGCCGUGUCAUACAUUGGGCACCAUUUUCGAAGAUAUUAAGGAAAAGAGCAGAGAAGAUAGUUAUGAUGUGAUUAGAAACGGAAUGUAAAGUUCGCAGUAAAUAUAAUGUAGAAACUUGUAUAUAAAAAAAAUCUAUAAUAUUAUAAUCCGAUAUUACGUCAUCCUAAUUUAAAGCGUGUGCUAUUAUAUUAUAAUGACCUCUUUGAUCAUAAAUUAAUCAUCGAGUCUCCUAUACAGUACCAACUGGAUGAAUCGACUCACAUUUUUGACUCGUUCACACUAUGCACCUUUACAAUAUAAAACACUAUUUCUGAUUAUAUUUAAUGUUGAUCCUUCGUUGAUUAUAGAAUUCCUCUAAAAUCUAGCUACCAGAACUACAACUCCUAGAUCCAUACUCGUGCUAUAUAAAAGUAAUUAUUUAUCGUAAGAGAGGAUGAGAUACUGUAUCAAUUAGCCAGAAUAUAAAUAGGUACAGGAUAUAGACUGCUAACCGGGGCGCUAUGACGCCAUCCGAUAGGGAGGAGUAUAUAAAACAUCUUUCCUUUGUUUUGUAUUUGUACUGUAAUUGCAAUUUAAAAAAAAUUAAGCGACAGUGAUUCGAUUUACACGCGCGAAUUAAAGAAUAAAAAUCCGUGGACAUAAGCCAAAACGCUACGUUGUUAUACAGGUAAAACUCGUCGAUUUAUUGAACGCUGUAAAAUGUCGAAGAUAAAAUUGGAUGUGAAUAGUGCAUAUAUGAAUCAAUUUUAGAUUAACUUACAGAAAUGUUGUUUAAACUGCAUCAGCUAAAAAUAAAAUACGGAAACAUGAAAGACAAAUGUUUCAAUCAAACCAACAUAAUUAUUGCUUCUACUUUGUUAAGAGAUUGUAGUUAGUUACUGAUAGAACAUUAGUUUUGUUAUGUAGUUGUAAUAAAUCGGUAGAUUGUUAAUAAAUAACAAAUACAAAAAAUAAGUUAAAGAUAGAAAUGUUAGCUUAGAUUGUGUUUGCUGUUAGCUUACUGCAGUUUAGACGAUUCUGAAUGGGAUAAAGUAGCAAGACAAGACUCCCGAAGUUUAGACAUAUAGAAUGCACAUACAAAUGUAAAGAAAUAAGGAUAGACGGAAAUACGAAGAGUAUAAAAAGAUAGAAUACAACUACUACACUGUUAACUUACGUCAAUCAACAUGAAACAACUUUGGUCCAGCUAUAACAAUUCAGUGUUUAACAAUUUUAUCUCUAUAAAUACAAUAUUUUAUAGAUUCUGCCAAUAAGCAAAUAUUCAUAAUUAAAACGUGCAAAUACAUUAUCAACUUAUGUGCAUAAUAUUCAAAUGUUUUUAGAAAUUAUUAUAUUAAACGGAAUGUAAAUAUUAAUUAUAAUCUUAAAUAGUACUGAUAUCGAAACAAUCAAGUCUGCCGAUCAAUUUACCCCUCACGGUAUAGUAACAAUUUUCAUUCAUUUAAAAAAAUAUUUGGCAUGAAAUUAAAACAUUUUACAUAAAAAAAAAUAUUAAAUAGCCUAUUUAUGACAUGACUGACUGUAAACCGUACCUAAGAGUGGAGCUACACUUGGAAUUUUCUGUUUGAUUAACUGGAUACUUGUUUUAGCCACCAGUCGCUGACGGUAGACGCAGACCCUCAGCCUAGAACGCUAUCUGAAGUCUAUGCGAAAAUUGUUAUUGCAGUCAGGCACGAUUCAGGAACUACGCGUGCUUGAAAUUCUUUACUUUUAUUUUCAAACUAGCUAUGAACACUACACAUUUUCCUGAAGUGGUUAUGUAUGGUAAAAAUAGAAUGGAACGUAAGUGUAGCUUCACACAGGUUUCAGUUAUACCAGCACUGCAUUUUAACCACUUAACACUUCAUAUUAUGCAUACAGAAUAUUUAAAAAUAUAUUAAAUUUGUACAGUGAUAAUCGACUAAAUACUUAUAUUUCAUGGACAAAUCUAUAUAACUGGAUAUGUGAGUGAUAUUAAAUAAAGUGCAUUAUAUAACUAGCGACAGCUACGUUUAAAUAUUAUAAAUUCUAGAUAAAUGUUUAACCAUGAACAAUAUAUAACAAAUAAUUUUCGAACCUAAAAUCGAUAAUGUCAUCGCGAGAUGAUUAUUCCUGGUUGCUACAGUACCUACUUAAGUAUAAGUACCUAUAUAUUGUCGAAUAUUUUUAAUACAGUGCUUAAUAUUAUUUUUCAUUUAAUCAUAGUCCUGUCAUAGUUGAACAUGAGUUUCAUUCUAGCAAAUAAGAUUAUUUCUAAUAGCAUACUGAGUACACUAUGUAUGUACCUACCUCAGCUCUAAUUAAAGUCAAUGGUUGGCCGGUAUGUUUUUAUUAGGCAAGUGCAUCUGAACUUUUCUUUCCAAGAAAUGUUCAACAUAGGUUACCAUGACUUGUGCUUAAGAAUAUAUAACUAACCAGGUGUUGUAUAUUCCACCUCCAUUUGACUCUGACAAAUAUCAAAAGUCUAAGGUAAUACCUGUCUAUUAUAAUAUUAUUAUUGUACUUUAAAUUUCAUAUCUGAGUAGGCUACUACUUCAUUACUUGAUAUAAGAGUUCUAUUUUAAUAGGCCUCUGGCUAUGGCCUAUGGCUCUCUGGUUUCUCUCUAGACCACUAGUCCUAAGCACUACCUGCAGGCUUACUCUUGAAACUAAUCUCAAUGCCAAUUUUAAUCCAAUAAAAUCUCAAUAAUUAUUCAAUAUCCACUCCAUACAAUGCAAUGUGACACUAGUGUUUAACUUUAGAGUAUAAGACAUCACAAUAUCAAUAUCGAUCAGUAGGAAAUAGAUUCAAGAGUAAGCCCCCAGGUAUCUCUAGACACCCCAGUUGGCGACUGGUCGUACGACUAUGGUGUCAUUGCUAUCCCAAUGAAAUAGACCUCUUAUUCUCGCUGUUUCUCUACUUUCAUUCCAACAUAUUAUAGUGUUCUAAAGCUUAAUGCUUCUAGUAAUCUUCCUAAGGUAAUCUCAAGUAAAGAAUGGAGCUAUACAACCGAAAUUGCGCCGCUUUGGCAGUACUUUAAAAUAUGUCUCCAACAUCAUACAUGCAUUUAUACAUCAUUCUGACCUUGAUGUCAAUUUUUGUACAGAAUUCUACUAUUUGGCACUGACAUAACUUCUCAUAAUGACAUUACCCAUCUUUUAAUAACCAAAGUACCAAAUUAAACAUUUCUUUUUAAAUGUCACCACAUAUUUUGGAAACAAAUAAACUUGUAAAACAAAUUGUAAAUUAGACUCAAACUUGUCUUAUGGUCCUUAUCUUGUAUAUGGAAUGUUAUAAAAAAAUGAUUUUACAUAAUAAUAUAUAACUAUACUUAAAAUAUACAAUGCUUGUCACUAUAUGAAAGUGUUCCAUAGGCAAUAUUGUUUUAUAUAACAGCUCAGUAUGUAUAAUUCAAUAACAGUAAGUCCUAAAAGACUUAAUUUCGUUGUAUUUUCACACUAACAAUAUAUGGAAUAUUUCUCCCCUCUUUGUCAUGUCAGUCAAUAUUAAAUUAUUAAUAGCUAACAAUUAGCAAAAUAUGUAGGUUUUCAAUGACUUCUAAGCUCCAUCACAAUGGGAACUAAUAUUAUUUAAAAGGCAUUGUAAUUAUUAUUCUACUUCUUGCUUUUAAAUGCAAUAUGGGCAAUACUUACAUUCUAGCUUUGGUAAAUAAUGUGGUUGGGUCAUGGAUUUAAUGACUAGGAUCAAAAUGACUAGGAAUUAUUGUUAUACAAUUGGUGGGGUAAGAUAAUAUUGGAGUUUUUUAU